AAGUCAUUCCAAUUUGUUGAGAGUAAUUUUAACGCACUGCUCCAUCUUUUGUAAAAAACUAUCAAUAUUGAACCUUUUUUUGUUUUUGUUUUCAUAUUUUAAAUAUUUUUUGGUUGAAAAUUCCGAGUCCGCCAUUUAGAGUCAUUUUAGUGCACCUGACUCCUUUUGUUUUGGGUGUUUAAAAGCAGCAUUUUCUGCGGUAAAGUCCCAAGUCCUCAUUUCUUCAAACUCCCCCUGAACUGUGUUUUGUUAACUCUGUCCAAGAAAAAGUAACGGAACUAGUAAUAAAAAAGAAGGAAAAAAGCAAAAUUUUCAGGUUCAACACAGCUGUUUUUCACUUUCCCGCUUCGAAUGUGUUUCUUUCUGUCUUCACAUUUGCUAGUAGAAUAAAGUCGCAAACAGGAUAUUAAAGAGAAGGGAUAAGGUGGGUGGGAUAAAGGGUCUUGGUUUUUUCUUGUAAAGGCAUAAUCUUGAAACUUGGAGUUGAGUUCUUGACGUUAAAGAAAAUGGUUUCAAGAAGGCUAGUAAUGUCAAAUGUGUUGUUGAUGUUGUUAGCAUUAUUGGGUUCAUAUGUUUUUUCUGGAAUGUGUUCUGUGUCAUACGACAACAAGGCUAUUAUUGUGAAUGGACAAAGGAGAAUUCUUGUUUCUGGAUCUAUUCAUUAUCCAAGAAGUACUCCUGAGAUGUGGCCGGAUCUUAUUCAGAAGGCAAAAGAAGGAGGAGUUGAUGUCAUUCAGACUUACGUUUUCUGGAAUGGGCAUGAGCCUGAACAAGGCAAAUAUUAUUUUGAAGAGAGGUAUGAUCUAGUGAAGUUCAUUAAGAUAGUGCAUCAAGCAGGACUCUAUGUGCAUCUAAGGGUUGGGCCUUAUGCUUGUGCUGAAUGGAAUUUUGGGGGUUUUCCUGUUUGGUUGAAGUAUGUUCCAGGUAUUAGUUUCAGAACAGAUAAUGAGCCUUUCAAGGCUGCAAUGCAAAAGUUCACUACCAAGAUUGUUAAUAUGAUGAAAGCAGAAAGGCUGUAUGAAUCUCAGGGUGGUCCUAUAAUACUAUCCCAGAUUGAGAAUGAAUAUGGGCCAAUUGAGAAAAGACUAGGGGAAGCAGGUAAAUCUUACACAGAAUGGGCAGCAAAAAUGGCACUGGAUCUUGGUACUGGUGUACCAUGGGUCAUGUGCAAGCAAGACGAUGCUCCAGAUCCUGUUAUAAAUACUUGCAAUGGUUUCUACUGUGACUACUUCUCACCAAAUAAGGCUUAUAAACCAAAGAUAUGGACUGAAGCAUGGACUGCCUGGUUUACUGAAUUUGGAGGCCCGGUUCCAUAUCGUCCUGUUGAGGACUUGGCUUUUGGAGUUGCUAAUUUCAUACAGAAGGGGGGGUCAUUCAUCAAUUAUUACAUGUAUCAUGGAGGAACAAACUUUGGCAGGACUGCUGGUGGCCCAUUUAUUGCUACUAGUUAUGAUUAUGAUGCACCACUUGAUGAAUUUGGAUUAUUACGGCAGCCUAAGUGGGGUCAUCUGAAAGAUCUGCAUAGAGCAAUAAAGCUUUGUGAACCAGCUUUAGUAUUCGGCGAUCCAACUGUGACAUCCCUUGGAAACUUUCAAGAAGCCCACGUUUUUAAGUCAAAGUCUGGAGUGUGUGCUGCAUUCCUUGCAAACUACAAUCAGCAUUCUUUUGCUACAGUGGCCUUUGGGAACAGGCAUUAUAACUUGCCACCCUGGUCUAUCAGCAUUCUACCUGAUUGCAAGAACACCAUAUACAACACUGCAAGGAUUGGUGCUCAAAGUGCUCUGAUGAAGAUGACUCCAGCAGAUAGAGGAUUUUCUUGGCAAUCAUACAAUGACGAGCCAGCAUCUUAUGAAGACAAUACUUUCACGGUUAUUGGGUUACUGGAGCAGAUAAAUACCACAAGAGACGUGUCUGAUUAUUUGUGGUAUAUGACUGACGUCAAGAUUGAUCCAAGUGAAGGGUUCUUGAGGAGCGGACAAUGGCCUUGGCUUAGUGUCUCUUCAGCUGGUCCUGCUUUGCAUGUUUUCGUGAAUGGUCAAUUAGCAGGAACUGUAUAUGGAAGUUUAAAAAGCCAGAAAGUUACUUUCAAUAAAGCAGUAAAUCUGAGAGCUGGUGUAAACAAGAUUUCUCUGCUAAGCAUUGCUGUUGGUCUUCCGAAUAUUGGCCCACAUUUUGAGACAUGGAAUACUGGUGUUCUUGGGCCAGUUUCACUCAGUGGUCUUAAUGAGGGCAAAAGAGACUUAACAUGGCAGAAGUGGUCUUACAAGGUUGGUCUAAAAGGAGAAGCCUUGAAUCUUCAUUCACUCAGUGGCAGCUCAUCUGUUGAGUGGGUUGAGGGCUCUUUGGUGACUCAAAGACAGCCUCUCACAUGGUUCAAGACCACUUUCAACGCUCCAGCUGGUAAUGAGCCUUUGGCUUUAGAUAUGAAUACCAUGGGCAAAGGUCAAAUGUGGAUAAAUGGACAAAGCCUUGGACGUUACUGGCCUGGAUAUAAAGCAUCUGGUACGUGUGGUGCCUGUAACUAUGCAGGCUUCUUUAAUGAGAACAAGUGCUUAAGUAACUGUGGAGAGGCUUCACAGAGAUGGUAUCACGUGCCACGUUCUUGGCUGCAUCCUACUGGAAAUUUGUUAGUUGUAUUUGAGGAAUGGGGAGGAGAUCCCAACGCAAUCUCUUUGGUCAAGAGAGAAUUAGCAAGUGUCUGUGCUGAUAUAAAUGAAUGGCAACCACAGUUAGUGAAUUGGAAGAUGCAAGCUUCUGGGGCAGUUGACAGACCCCUCAGGCCUAAAGCGCACCUCAGUUGUGCUCCUGGUCAAAAGAUCAAUUCAAUCAAAUUUGCAAGCUUUGGGACACCAGCGGGGGCCUGUGGAAGUUUCAGGGAAGGAAGCUGUCAUGCCCACCACUCGUACGAUGCCUUUGAAAAGUAUUGCAUUGGGCAAGAGUCGUGUUCAGUACCUGUGACACCAGAAAUAUUUGGUGGUGAUCCAUGUCCAGGUGUUAUGAAGAAACUCUCAGUUGAAGCUAUCUGCAGUUGAUACUGAGGAUAAGUAAACGAGGAAGGUUUCACUAGCAAUGUUUAAGUAUUCUUUUUCCAAUUACUCUCCAAGAAUCACCACAAUCAUUCUUUGGCUCCACCGCGGGUGAAGCUGUGCAGAUACAAAGUUCACAUCAAUGGGAAAAGAUGGGGAAAGAUUCUGUAUAUUAUGUUUUUAGUUACUAUAACAUUGGUGUGCACCUGCAACUGUGAAACAAGAAUUUGAGUAGGUUGAAGUGCACAUCGACAUGAUUCUUGAUGAAGCCGUGUGCUAUGUGCAGAUAUUUAUUUAUAGUGGUAGUAUCUAAGAAGCCUCGUCUCUUAGGAAUUUCAACUUUGUAAUAUCUCUACAUAAGAAGCAAUCAUUCAUUGCUUUGUUCCUGCGACAUUGCAAUAGCAUUGAGCUCUCUGGAAACUGGAUUGUCAAUAUAAUUCUUGUAUUCCUUAGUA